CUCUUGCGAGACAGCAGAAUCUGCACUCUCUUCAAGAAUUGCACCGGACAUCAGCUAAACAAGGUUCACUGGAGUGCAUUAAAUUUCACGACCUUAAGCGACACAAGAUGAAAAUCAGCCUCGUGAGUUGUCUUUUACUCUUUGCUUCUGUAGCGUUUGUGAAGGGAAGGUAUCUCACGGAAGAAGACUUGUCGGAGGGCUUGGAAGAUGAACUCAAUGAACUUGAGCCAUGGCAGCUUGAAGACCCACACAUGAGACAUAGGCCAAAGCCAGUAAAAUCUCUGAAUGGUGCCGUAGAACUUUUGUUGGGUUGUUUCCGAGAAGAAGAUGGUCAGAUGAAAGAGAAAUGUAAAAGGAAAUUUAGAGAAGCACUGCCUAACAAUCUCCCCGAUGUAGAGAGAGUGGUUGAAUGUGCCGAACAAAGUUUUCAGGAAUGUAUAGGAGCACCAAAGGGGCACAAACCUAUGAAAUGCAUGCGGGAUUUCAGAGACUGCAUGAAAAACGAAGCAGAUGGCUCUGGAAAGUAGUUGAAAUUUCCUUUGUAGCCAUCGUGUACACUAUGUGUCACAUACACCAUCGGGGAAUAGCAAGUUAUAAGUUGUGUUUAUAGUGUAGAUGAAGACAAUUGUCUACAGUUAAAUAAAUCUUCAAAACAGAAA